AUGACGUCCAACAAACUUGUUAAGUGGAAUCAAAGUGUUGAUUGCUGUUCUUGGGAAGGUGUAACCUGCCAUGAGGGACGUGUUAUUGGUCUCGACCUGACCAAUGAAUCCAUCUCGGGUGGACUUGAUGAUACAAGCAGCCUCUUCAGUCUUCAGCAUCUCCAGAGCUUGAGUUUGGCUUAUAACGACUUCAACUAUUCUCAGAUUCCAUCACAAUUUGACAAGCUGGCGAAUUUGAGUUAUUUGAAUCUAUCAUACGCCAACUUUGUAGGGCAAAUUCCUAUUGCUAUUUCGCAUUUGACAAGGUUGGUUACUCUUGAUUUAUCUUGCAAUUAUUAUCGCCUUUAUCUCGAGAAUCCAAAUUUAAAUAUGCUCAUUCAGAACCUUUCGGACCUUAUCGAACUUCAUCUUGAUGAUGUAGCAAUAUCAAUGCAAGGUAAGGAGUGGUGUCGGAUUUUAUCAUCUUCGUUGCCAAAUCUGAGAGUGUUGAGCUUGUCAAACUGCGAUCUUUUAGGCCCUAUUGAUUCCUCAUUACGGAAUCUUAAGUCUCUCUCAGUUAUUCGUUUGAAUGGUAACAACAUUGCUUCUCCAGUUCCAAUUUUUUUUGCAAAUUUCAAAAAUCUGACAUCUUUGGAAGUCUCCUCUUCUUGGUUGAAUGGAACAUUUCCAAAAAAGAUCUUUCAGGUUCCAACGCUACAAAUGCUUGACUUAUCAAACAAUGAAGACCUGCAAGGUUCUUUGCCAGAAUUUCCUCUAAAUGGAUCUUUUCGAACCAUGGUGCUUAGGGGAACAAAUUUUUCUGGAACAUUGCCACAUUCUAUUGGCAAUCUUAAAAUGUUGUCAACAUUAGAUGUUUCGUAUUGCAAUUUCAGCGGAUCAAUUCCAGACUCAAUGGCAAGCCUCACACAAUUGGUUUUUUUGGACAUGUCAUCGAACAUGUUUAGUGGAUCAAUUCCAGCAUUUAGCAUGGCCAAGAAUCUAACCAACCUAGACCUUUCUUCCAAUAAUCUUACUGGUCAGAUUACUUCCACUCAGUGGGAACAACUUUUGAAAUUGGAAUAUCUUUACUUGGAUAAAAAUUCACUGAAUGGGAGUAUUCCAGUUUCUCUAUUUUCCCUUCGGUCGUUGAAAGUCUUAGGACUCUGGUCCAACCAAUUUUCUGGUCAACUCAAAGAAUUUUCCAAUGUUUCUUCUUACAUGCUAGAAUAUAUUGAUUUGAAUGACAACCAGUUGGAAGGACCAAUACCCAUGUCUAUCUUUGAAUACCGAGGUCUUAAAGGCCUAUCACUUGGUUCAAACAAAUUUAACAACUCCCUGGACCUUAGUGUGAUUCAGCCGUUAAAAAAUCUUUCAUACCUUGAUCUUUCUCACAUCAACUUGUUGACUGAAUAUAAUGAUUUUAACUUUUCAUUAUCCUUGGUUCAGCUUCAAACAGUAAUUCUCGCUUCUUGCAAGUUGAAAAAAUUUCCUGAUUUCUUGAGAAACCAAUCCAAUUUAUACUAUCUAGACCUUUCAAAUAACCAAAUCUAUGGAGAGUUGGCAACAAGCAUCGGUCAAUUCGGUGCCUUUGCUCAAUAUUUGUCUUUUUCAAGUAAUAAAUUCCAUGGGAGCAUCCCUAGAUCAAUAUGCAAUGCUACACAACUUCAACUUAUAGAUCUGUCCAAUAAUUCCUUUGGUGGCGAAAUUCCCCAAUGCUUGAUUGAGAUGAGUGGUAUAGAACUUGAGGUGCUGAAUUUAAGGAAAAACAAACUCAACGGCACAAUUCCUGAUGCAUUUUCAGAUAAUUGUGAUUUACAAAUUUUAGCUCUCAAUAAAAACCAACUAGAAGGAGGGUUACCAAAAUCUUUGGCCAAUUGCUCUAGGUUGGAGGUCUUGGACAUUGGAAACAACCACAUCGAGGGUACCUUUCCAUUUUACUUGAACCACGCAUCGUUGAGGGUCCUUGUUUUGCGAUCUAACAAAUUUUACGGGCCCAUUUCUAAUCCAAAACAUAAUGCCCCCUGGCCGAUGCUUCAAAUUGUUGACGUAGCUUCAAAUAAUUUUACUGGUAACCUUCCUAUAAUGCUUCUUUCGUCUUGCAUGGCAAUGAUGGAUCGUGCACAUGAGGCACACUCAAGGCUCAGCUACCUCCAGAUUAGUACUCCUAAUGGUUUUUACUAUCAAGAUACGAUAACAAUUACUAACAAGGGUUUAGAGGUGGAGUUGGUGAAGAUCCUAACUAUCGUCGUGAACCUUGACUUCUCUUGCAACAACUUUGACGGUCCUCUACCUAAAGAAAUUGGAGAACUCACACUGUUAUAUAUUCUUAACCUGUCGCACAAUGCUUUAACGGGCGAAAUCCCAGCAUCUCUGGGAAAAUUGAGUAAUCUUGAGUCUUUAGACCUGUCAAACAAUGAGCUUACUGGUAAGAUUCCUGUGCAACUCGCCAAUGGUCUUAUUUUCCUGUCGGUCCUAAACCUUUCAUUCAACCAACUGGUGGGACAAAUUCCAUUCAUCAAGCAAUUUGCUACAUUUUCGGAAAAUUCCUUCAAAGGAAACGAAAGAUUAUGUGAUUUGCCUUUGAAAUCACAGUGCUCACUUGAGGAGCCACGAUUGCCACCUCCGACAUAUGAAGAAAGUAAUUGGAGUAUGAUUGAUUGGAAUUACAUAAGUGCUGAAUUGGGAUUUGUUUUUGGGUUUGGAUUUGCAAUUGGGCCCCUUAUGUUCUGGAAGAGAUGGAGGAUAUGGUAUUACAAACAUGUUGAUGACAUUCUUUUCAAGAUCUUCCCUCAACUGUAUCUUGGAAAAGAACAUCAUCGAAGACAAACAUUCAGAAACCAAGGGCUGAGGCACUAGUUAUAGUUAUGUUCAGAUGCAACACCUCUAGAGAUAUAUUGCUCCAAAUUUACUCUGGAGGAAGUAUGCUGAAGUCUGUAAGGCCUCUCCAAUGGCAGUUAUGCUCGGUUGCUGAUAUACUACUUUAUGUGUAAUAAUUUGCACUACUUUUGUUAUGUUGUCUGAAUUAUAAUUAUUUUUCCUAUUUAUUGCUAUGUCUUAGUGUUGCUUGUGCUUGAAAAGCAUGUGGACCGAAUCCUACUCAAUAAAUAAUUGAUUAAAAA